UGGCUAUGUACCUCCACGGUACCGACGGCGAGGAUCCCUUCAGUGAAGUGAAGCCUUUCUAUUCGUCCUGUAUUGGCGAUUGCGGUUGUAGGGCAGCACACGAUGUCGUCAACGGACUUAUUGGCUUCACUGGAAAGCCAGGAGGACGUAGUGGCAUGGAUCAAUAGUGCUCUUGAGCCCGAUGAGGCUCUGGUCGACGAGAGCCCCAUGGAGCUCACCGAACUCGAUCGACGCGUUUCCAGCCUAGUAGGGGCGCUGGAAAUCGCCAGCGAGGACACGUCUGCAACCGUCGAACGACUCAUUGACGAUAUAUCCCGAAGUGCGACGCGACUCACGUAUGAUUUGCACUUUAUGCGGGAUGGGGCCUUGUCACUGCAAUCAAUCCUUCAGAACGUCGAGACGAAGUCCAAGGCCUCCGUCGCGGCCGAGACGAAUGUGGCAUUGGAACGUUUGCACUUCCUCGACACAGUCAAACGUAACAUGGAGGCGGCUCGAGAAGUCCUGCGCGAGGCUGAAAGCUGGGGCACGCUCGAGAGCGAUGUCACAUCGCUGCUGGGCGAGAAGAACUACGAAAAGGCCGCGGAGAGGCUCUCUGAAGCUAGCAAGAGCAUGGCCGUCUUCGAGAAUACGCCAGAGUACGAGAGCCGACGGACACUGAUGAUUAGUCUCCAGAAUCAGCUAGAGGCUUCCCUGAGCUCUGCGUUAGUGGCGGCGGUUAGCUCGCAGGACGUGGCCGUGUGUCGCAACUACUUCGGGAUCUUCAGCAACAUCCAACGGGAAGCCGAGUUCCGAAACUAUUACUACGGGUCCCGUCGAGCGUCGCUCCUCGAGAUGUGGCAGAGUGCAACACUCCGGGACUGCGAAGGAUCACCGGACGUUGGACUGGCUGCUCAGACGUUCGCUGCGUUCCUCCCAACAUUCUACGCGUCCUUCUCGACGAUACUGCAGACCGAACGCACCUCUAUACCAGCUAUCUUCCCUGAUCCGCAACAAACGCUGUCCACGCUGAUCUCCUCGACGCUCUCUGCACUGCAGCCUACUUUCUCCCAGCAUCUAGCAGAUGUCACUUCUUUCCAUGGACCAAAUGCCCUACGCGAACUCAUCGCCGCCUACCGCGCUACGGAGGAGUUCGCACUCACGAUCGAGAAGAUACUUGAGAAGCUCGGCUUCUCCUCGCUCGUCACCUCCGCAGCCAACACGACCACGGACGGACCUCGGGACCACGCCCGCCGUCGCUCGAUCUCUCGGAUGUCGUUGUCGAUGUCACGUCGGAUGCCACCUCAUCGCUCAUCCGAGAGCAGUGCGACGUUCCCCACGCUGCCGGUCCUUGACUGGGACACAGACCUCUUCGGGCCCUUUAUCGACUUCCAGGCUGACUACGCGUCGCUCGAGCGCCGCCUCUUGGACGACGGUCUCGCAUCUGCGCUGCAGAGCACACCGCGGCCGACUUCCGGAGCAGAUUACGCGCGUGUCCUGCGGGAACGCGCUGUCGAUGUCUUUGGCGCGGCAGAAGAGGCCGUGACGCGUUGUAACGCCUUCACUCAUGGUUAUGGUGCUGCGGGACUGGUCCGGUCCGUAGACCAUCUCGUCUCCGCCUUUGCUUAUGCGUCGCGCUCCGAGAUUGCUUCAAGGAAGUCGGCGACAACGAACUCGGCUGGUGCUGAAACUCCGGGCUCCGAGACAGACCUAGCGGAUCUGGACUAUACGGCGGAGGACUGGGCAGAGAUACAGGCACUGCUUCACCUGCUCGAAGCUGUACGGGCCCUGCUCGAUCGAAUGGUCUCGUUCGAGGGCAAGCUUCGCGGCAGUCUCAUCCAAAUGUCCAUGUACCUCCGUGCUGCUAGACAAGACAUCGGUGUGUUCGGCUCACACGACACUGGGACGACCCGAGGUGCAUUGCAUGUCCUGAUGCAGUCGACUCUCAACUCUGCCGAGCUACAUGCUAUAUUCGAGAGCGUCGAUCCGGAGCCGUCUGUCCCGACACAACCCGCACCCAGCGUGCCCCCUUCUCCGGAUUCACGGCGGAUGUCAUUCAUGGGCAGUGGCCCGUUGUCACCACUCAUGGGCCUGUCUGCUCCCUCGCAGCCGAUCCUCACCGAGGCACGCAGCGCCAUCUCCGCCUUCGCUCACGCCUGCCAAGUGGCUCUCCAGGACACCAUCCUAGGUCCGCUCUACGCACACCUCUCUGCGUAUCCUACGCUCUCUCUCUGGGCCACACCCGAUCCAUCCUCAAAAGCCGCAGGCGCCACAGGCGCCACGAGCGCAGUACACGUACCGACCUUCUCACUCAGUCCGAGCACGACAAUGUCGCGGGUCGCAGAGGGACUCCUGAGCCUUCCGAGGCUCUUCGAGGUUUACGCUGACGACGACGCGCUCGCCGUGUCUCUCCACACACUUCCAUUCCUCAGCCAACGGUUCCUCCGCGCUCUCGCCGAAUCCGUACAGUCUCCUCCAGCGGGCCCACCCGAGCUGCGCUCGCGACGAACAGCCUCCAUGGCGCUCCUCCCGGGACAACAGAUACAAGCGCCCCCGCAGCCGCAGGAUAUCCAAGACAUGCACUUCUCGCCAGAGGGCGUCACGGCUGCGUGGCUUGCCUCUCUUACACGGACGUUGCUAGCACGCCUGACGCGCGACGUGCUGCCUCAGAUCCCGCGGCUGACCCUUGCUGGUGCUGCGCAACUCUCUGCCGACCUUGGAUGGCUGGCUAACAUUGUGGAAGCGUUGAACGCCGACUGGGCGCCGUUGCGAAGGUGGCGCAAGUGGAUUGACGUGACGGAUGCAGACGGAAAGAAGAAGAUCGUUGAAGGUGCUACGUCCUGGGAUGGAUCGGCGGACGGAGAGAAGGACGACGACGGCGAUGGUGAAGAUAACGAGGACGAUCUGACUGAGGAAGGAGAUAGCGAGGCGCAGGUCGUGCGGACCGUGACCAAGCUGAGAGGCUGGACGACAUGAGUACGGGGUGUACUAUGUAGUUGGUCGGUGUGUGGAUGCCAAUCCUGGUCGUUCCAGACAGAUUCAAGCAACUUCUGUCAUCAGCCGGGUGAGUGGCUUGCUGAAUUCAACCGAUAGCGCAGUGUCGUAUCAGGGCCACCUUAAAGGUACCG